GAACAUAUAUUUAUUACAACAAAACUUUAUACGACUACUGGGGGACGACGUCAAGUACUUCAAUCGUUUCAACAAAGCUUAAACAAUUUAAUGGUGAAUUAUAUUGAUCUCUAUCUUAUUCAUGCUCCUCAAGGUGGUCAUGUUUUAGAAGCUUAUGAUACAAUGUUAGAAUUACAAAAACAAGGACGAAUUCGUUCUGUUGGCGUUAGCAAUUUUGGCAUUCAACAUUUGGAAGCUAUAAGAAAUUCAGGACGACCAUUGCCAUCAGUCAAUCAAAUUGAACUUCACCCAUGGAUGCAAAAUGUUCCCAUUGUUAACUAUUGUCGGCAACAUGGAAUUGCUCUAAUGGCAUAUUCACCAUUGGCUAAAGCAUCAGUACUGAAUGAUCCAUAUUUACAACGUUUCGCGUCAAAAUAUAGACGUUCUCCAGCACAAAUACUUUUACGCUGGUCGUUACAAAAUGGAUUUAUAGCAAUUCCAAAAACUAGUCAUAUUCAUCGAUUAGAAGAAAAUUUGAAUAUAUUUGACUUUCAUUUAAGCGAUAAAGAUAUGGCUAGACUAUCAGAAUAUGGAAGAGCCCGAUCCCGUGGAACUGGCUGGGAUCCAACUCAAAAUGAUUGGUCACAGUUUGGGCCUGUUUAUUAG